UUUAAAUCUACGAUCGAUUGCGAUUUCGAAACAAUUAAUAUUGCAACGAUUAUUUGAUUAGGCAACACUACUUGUUCAAAUGUCACUGUCAAUUAGUAUUUAUAUUCCUUUUUGACGUUUGUUAAUAUCGUGUUGAAGGAAAAUCGAAAAUGGUGAACGUACCAAAACAGCGUAGGACCUACUGCAAAAAAUGCAAGUGCCACAAGACUCACAAAGUGUCUCAGUACAAGAAAUCAAAGGAAAGGCACGCUGCGCAAGGUAGAAGGCGUUACGAUCGUAAACAGCAGGGUUAUGGUGGUCAGUCCAAACCCAUCUUCAAAAAGAAGGCAAAAACCACAAAGAAAAUUGUACUCCGUCUGGAAUGCGCCGACUGCAAAGUGCGAUCACAGGUGGCACUGAAGCGUUGCAAGCACUUUGAGCUCGGAGGUGACAAGAAGAGGAAGGGACAGAUGAUUCAGUUCUAAGCUGGCUAAUAAAUAAGUUUAACACUUAA